AUGGCUAAAUUUGGUUCUUUCUUCGAUGAAAUACGUGAAGCUCUCAAACCCGGCGUUACUCCAUGGCUUAUCACACUUGCUCGUGUUUCUAUUGCUUUAGUAUUUAUUUAUUCAUUUAUCUCAAUGUAUCUUGAUUUCAAUAUUCAUUUUCUUAUUCUUUCUUUUAUUUCGCUUGGGUUAUUCCUAUCAUUUGAAUAUUCAGUCAUAUACAUGAAGAAAAAUGAAGAGUUCCUUCAUGAAGGUGCAAUCAAAACCCAGAAGAAAGAAGAUUAA